CGCACCGCCCAGUAUAAAAUGCAGUAGUAGCAACCCGCAUUACAGUGCGCAAUAUCCAUCUUUAACCUCGUUUAUUUUCGCUGUUCUACACUUUCAACGUAGUGUGCUCACGAUUCACGAAUUUCAUCAUUCCUUUAACUGCCAGGUCCGCAGAAACAUCGCAAACGUGGGCUUGCAAAGUUAUCACAACGUGUAAUUCCUUACAACUACCUCGAUAAAAAUAUACCAUAAUGGUGCUCGAUUUAGACCUAUUCCGCACGGAUAAAGGUGGAAAUCCGGAUAAAAUCAGAGAAAACCAAACCAAGCGUUUUAAAGAUGUUGGUUUAGUGAACACCGUCAUCGACAAAGAUGCAACCUGGAGGCAGUUGCGGCACAAAGCCGACCAGUGGAAUAAGUUGAAAAAUGUGUGCAGCAAGGAAAUUGGAGAAAAAAUGAAGAAAAAAGAGCCACAGGGAGAUGCCAAUGAAGCUGUUCCUGAGGAAGUUGUGCAGAAGUUGGCCGAUUUAACUUCGGAUCUUUUGAAACCUCUUACAGUAAACCAAAUUAAAAAGGUUCGUGUAUUGAUUGAUGAAGCAGUCAUCAAAAAUGACAAUGAUUUGCUGCAAACUGAGAAAGACCGUAACGCCGCUCUUCGUGAAGUAAGCAAUCACUUGCAUGAAUCAGUCCCAGUGAGCAAUGAUGAAGACGAAAAUAAAGUGGAGAGGACUUUUGGUGAUUGUGAAAUGAAGAAAAAAUAUUCUCAUGUUGAUUUAAUACACAUGAUAGAUGGUAUGGAUGGUGAAAGAGGUUCGGUCGUUUCUGGCGGUCGUGGUUACUACUUGACAGGACCUGCGGUUUUCUUAGAAUAUGCAAUUAUUCAAUUAGCGCUACGCACACUCCACAAAAAGUCCUACAAGCCCCUGUAUACUCCGUUUUUUAUGCGAAAGGAGAUCAUGCAAGAAGUAGCACAAUUAUCGCAAUUCGAUGAAGAGUUGUACAAGGUCGUAGGUAAAGGCAGCGAAAAGGCGGAGGACAAGGAAGUCGAAGAGAAGUACUUAAUCGCAACAUCGGAACAACCAAUUGCUGCAUUUCAUCGAGAUGAAUGGCUUCCGGAAGCUAGCCUUCCGAUUCGUUACGCUGGCAUCUCGACAUGUUUCCGCCAAGAAGUCGGCUCUCAUGGACGUGAUACACGUGGUAUUUUCCGUGUGCAUCAGUUUGAAAAAGUCGAACAGUUUUGUAUCACUUCCCCGUUCGAGAAUAAAUCCUGGGAGAUGAUGGAUGAGAUGAUCACGAACGCGGAGAAUUUUUACAAACAGCUGGAGAUUCCGUACAGGAUUGUCAAUAUUGUUUCGGGCGCUUUGAAUCACGCUGCGUCGAAAAAGUUAGAUUUGGAAGCUUGGUUCCCCGGUUCGAAUGCAUUUAGAGAGUUGGUAUCUUGCAGUAACUGCUUAGAGUAUCAGGCAAGGCGACUUCUGGUUCGUUAUGGGCAAACGAAAAAGAUGAAUGAGGCGACGAAUUAUGUACACAUGUUGAAUGCGACCAUGUGCGCUGCCACCCGCGUUAUUUGUGCCAUUUUGGAGGUGCAUCAAACUGAGGAAGGUAUUAAGGUGCCAGCCGCACUCAAGGAAUUCUUGCCUGAAGACUUGCAAGAGAUGAUUCCAUUCGUUAAACCAGCGCCUAUUGAACAGGAGGCCCAAUCAAAGAAGAAUAAGAAGCAAAAGGAUGGUAUGAAGAAACAAGGUACCGGUGAGGAAUAAGCAAGUACGUUUCUAAAACAAUAUAUACAAUUGCAUUGCUAAUAAAACUUUAGAUAUAAUUACAUAAGUUUUUAAACGAUUGCAAGCUGAUAAUAAAUUAAGUGCUUCACAAAUUAUAAA